CCGAUGAGAGCCUCAAGGUCCGGAUUAUCGGCGGGAUCGUGCUGCGCGAUGCGAUAAUCCGCGGCGCCAUGGACGAGGCCCGCCAGGUUCUUGAGAGCGGCACCAAUCCGGAUACCUGGAACACGCAGGGAUUGACGGCGCUCCACCUCGCGAUCCAGAGCCGGCGCCCCGACAUGGUCCAGCUCCUGCUAGAAUUCGGCGCUCGCGUGGAUUCCAAGACGAUGAACGCCGACGGCCACACCCCGCUCCACUGCGCGGCGAUGGUCGGCCACACCGUAAUAUUGGAGAUGCUGCUCGCGCGCGGCGCCGAUCCGGAGCGCGCGGAUUCCAGCGGCUGGCGCCCGAUCCAUCACGCCGCGAGCAGUGGAUCCCUGGAGCCGCUAGGGGUGCUGAGCAAGAUCUGCGACGUGAAUGCCCCAAUCGGCGACGGGAGAACAGCGCUGCAUCUAGCGGCGAUCGGCGGCAACGCCGAUAGCGUCCAGAUCCUGGCACAGAGCGGCGCCGAUGUGAGCGCUAGAACGGUGGACGGGAAGACGGCGCUCCACCUCGCGGCGACGCAGGGCAACAACGUCGCCAUAGCCAAGCUCCUCAUCAAAUGUGGCGCCGAUCGGGGAGCCGUCGAUUGGAAUGGACGGACGGCCUACGAUGAGGCCGUUGAGUUAGGGCAGGAGAGUUUGUUUGCCCUACUCCAGGUUCCAGGGAAUGUGGCCUCGCCGGCGCCGGUAGGGGAUGAUCUCGAAGAGCUCCUCCGCAACGCCGCCUGGUCGGGCGAUUUGCGGGGCGUGAGGAGAUGUCUCAAGCGUGGCGCCGCUGUGAAUGCUUGCGAUCGGUAUGGAUGGACUGCUCUCCACUGCGCGGCAUUCAAAGGCCAUGCUGAGAUCGUCAAGCGGCUGCUGGAGAGCUGCCAGAGCAAGGAGGAGGCGUGCGCGAUCGAUGAGCAGGGUUACAGUGCGCUGCAUUGCGCGGUGGAAUCCGGGCACCGGGAAGUGGUGAAGAUCUUGGUAGGCUGCGAGAUGAUCGAGAUCAAUGGUGUGACGCGGGAGGGAUUGAGCGCGCUGGAUAUGGCGCUGGCGCUGGAGCACGGCGGGAUGGUGCGCACGCUCGUCAAUGCUGGGGCUCGGGCCUGUGUGGCCAAUUUGAUAAUCGAUGAGUGACAUGGGCUUCGAUCGAUCGAUC